AUGGGUGUGCUGACCGUGAUCGUACUGCCUGUCCUGCUGACUGUGGUCGCCGCGGAGGCUGGCCAGGGGGCGGGGGCAGCCGCGACUGUUCCCGCAGACUGGACGUUGGCAGAGACCCGUUAUGAAGGAUGCAGGUACCAUGUGGUGUUUGAACGGAAGGACCUGAGCACAGAGAAGUGCCAAGAACAGGCAGAAGAACCGUCCCUGUCUCACAUCCACAACACCAUCAAGGCAAUGCUGAGGGAAGGAAAGCCCAACAACAAAGCCAGGAACAGACUUAACGUAGGUGGACUGUAUCUUGGUAAACCUGAACGUACUAGUAUUUUUUUUUCUUAUUUGAACGCAGACAUCAAUGAGUGUACUACAUCCCCUUGUCAACAUGGCCGCUGUGAGAACUACCCUGGUGGAUACCGUUGCACCUGCUCACCUGGCUGGACUGGAAAGAACUGUCACCAAGCCCGACCAUGUCAGAGUGGGUGGAGCGAAUAUAACAACAACUGCUACAAGUUAUUCAAAGAAAAAGUCAGUUGGUCUACUGCAGAGGGGAGGUGUAAACAGCAUGGUGCAAAACUUGCUUCUGUCGGAAGCGCUGGCGAGAACAAGUUCAUUGCACGUCUCAUCACCGAUGCCCCUAAAGGUUACAGCGGUCUAGAUCUCGUCUGGUUUGGACUGACUCUAGAUGGGCAGUGGAAGUGGACGGAUGGUUCUCGACUUUCCUACAAAAACUGGGCUCCACAUGAACCUAGCACUAUUAGCAGGACCGUUUUCGGCAGGAUUGAGAAAUGUGCCAACUUGUUCUCCAAGGACAACCGAAACCAGCUACGUAGCUGGUUUCUCAGCACAAAGGGCAAGAAAGGACAGUGGAACAACGACGUCUGCUCCAACCAUCAUCCCUUCGUUUGCGAGGCUCCUAUUAUAGGAAAGUUAAAUCCUUGAGGAAAAACACCAUUUAUUGAAGAUAAUGUGAGGCCAAAUAAAGCGUAACCAAUGCAUCAAAAUAAUUGCAGGACACCUUAGUACAUGUGUACACUUGAUGCUACU